ACUAGACCACGCUGCGUUUCGGGGUUGGGACUUUGCCACCUUUUCCUCCGCUCCCUCUUCUAGUUACCUUUACACUCUCGGGCCUGAAUGAACAAGGAGUGUGGAUUACCACCAAGAAAACUACACACGUGGUUGGAGUUUAUGACCCGAUAAUGCUGUUAAAAUAAAAUGUACUGUACUUUUCUGACCUACAGCCUUUGAUGGAAAAGGCUUAAAAAUCAAUAAAGAGGACUGCAAAGUCAGAUUACUAGGUUUCUCCUACAAAAUGACUGCCUGUUUCACAUUUUUAAGACACUUUGCUAGUCAAUCUGUUGUGCCGUUUGUUGUUCACAAGAAAGGAGCAAAUUUAUGUUUUACCAUUCUACAGAGACACCUAUCUUCUAGGACACCAGUUUUGUUUUAUCCUAAUAAGGAGAAUGCACCACCUAUUGAGAAUAUAGAUUUAAAUGAUUGGAAAAAUACAAUGAAAUCUAGUUUGCCAGAUGAAAUAAAUAGUUUUACAACCUCAGAUGAUACUCUAACAGCAACUAGAGAGUGGAUUGAGAUGUGUAGACUACUUAACAGAGAAGUGCCGGAACAUAUUAGUGAUGAGGACCUCAAAACGAUUGCAGAAUGUCCCAGCAAAAAGUCUAAGAAGAAAAGACUCAAAUUUUUAUUCAUGAAAGAAAUGUAUAAAAAAGCUAAGAAAGAAAAACAAGAAAGGAAAAGAGCAGAAAUGGCUGAAAUUGAAAAGCAAAAACAACUUGGAAAUGUUGAUGAAUCUGAGACUACAGAGCUAAAGAACACUUUUCUCUUGCCACUUCAGGACAGAGCUUUCAAAACCGAAUGGGAUUGGAGAAAUGCGCAGGCAAUGAUGUUUGGCCAGCCUUUAAUUUUUGACAUGGCUUAUGAAAAUUUCAUGCCUUUGAGAGAUUUGAAGAACACUGUGUGCCAACUCUUAGAAAGUGAAGGAGCCAAUCGAAAAAAUAUAGAUCCUUUCCAUCUAUAUUUUUGCAAUCUCAAAGUUGGUGGUGGUUAUCACAAAGAAUUACUUAAUCGUUAUGCAGAGAAAUGGGAUAAAUUGCUUUUGACAACAACAGAAAAGUCACAUGUAGAUAUAUUCCCAAGAGAGAGUCUUAUCUAUUUGACAGCUGAUUCUCCCAAUGUUAUGACUACUUUCAGACAUGACAAAAUUUAUAUAAUUGGCUCUUUUGUUGAUAAAUGUUUGCAACCCAGAGUAUCCUUUGCAAAUGCAAAACGACUAAAUAUAGCAACUGAACGUCUCCCAUUGGACCAAUAUCUUCAGUGGGAAAUAGGAAGUAAAAAUCUUACCUUAGACCAAAUGAUUCGUAUAUUAUUAACUAUUAAAAAUACUAGUGAUUGGGAAAAAGCACUAAAGUUUGUUCCAAGGAGAAAGCAUAGUGGCUUUCAUGAUCUUUCCACUUAUCCCAAGAAGUUGGCCAAGAGUUUACAGAAAAAUAAGUCAGAGAUUAAGAAAUCAUUUAAAAAACAGUCUUUAAAUGCCCAGAGCAGUAAAGCAUGGUGGAAUGAAGAGUAAUACAAUCUUACAAUCAGUGCUAGAAUGUUUAAAUGAUGAUCAUUAGCUCAAAAUAUUAUAUUUUCUUUAGAUUGCUGAUUGGGAAUCAGAUAUUCAUCUCUUAAAAAAAAAUCUUUUCCAUACUACAAGUGGAACAGAUAUUUGGCUAGUUUGCUAAAUAGUACUUGUCUCCUGAGAGAGUGCUUAAGGGAAAUGAGGCCCUGGUAAAGCUAAACUACUGUCAUUUCUAUAAAACAAUAAAUUGUGACUUUAUUAA